AAUUAACCGUUUUUAUGCUUUGCGUUAGGGACGUGACAUGACAACCGACAUGACAACCGACAUGACAACCGACAUGACAGCACGGCGGAAACAGCGCGAGUUGCAGAGGGAAUAAACUGGAGGGAAGGACACACGCACGCACACAUACACGCACGCACACACACACAGACACGCACACCCAUACACACACGCACACACACACGCACACACGGAGAUGAUGAUGAGUCUGGACCGGUCCGGGUGUGAAGGGAAGAUCGCACCGGAGGGCGUUACUGGCUCUUUGGGGCAGCCGCCACCGCGCGCUCAGCUUUCCGCCGUUGUGCGCGCGAGUGAGAUUCGUUCUCUUCAACAGCAUCAGCAGCAAAACCAGCACCACCAUCAUCUUCAUCAUCAUCUUCAUCAUCACCUCCACGCUGGCACUGCGCGCGAGCCCGACGAGCUGCUACGGCGUGCACUAGACUUUAAGACGCAGGGCACGCAGUGCUAUCGGGACAAGAAAUACCGUGAGGCCAUCGGUAAAUACCACCGCGCGCUGCUCGAGAUGAAAGGACUGGGCCGCGCGCUCGGGUUCGGGGACGCUGACGUCACCGCGAGAUCUCCAAGCAGGUCAGGACUAACGGAGGAGCAGCGGGGAGCUGCAGAGAGCGCGGAGCUCGAGUGCUACAACAGCCUGGCAGCGUGUCUGUUACAGAUGGAGCUGGUGAAUUAUGAGCGGGUGAAAGAGUACUGUCUCAAAGUUCUCAGGAAAGAGGGAGAGAAUUUUAAAGCUCUCUACCGCUCAGGCGUGGCCUAUUAUCACCUGGGAGACUAUAACUCCGCCCUACACUACCUGCAGGAGUCCCACAAACAGGAACCCACAGAUACCAAUGUGAUCCGCUACAUCCAGCUGACUGAGAUGAAGCUCCGCCGAAUCGCUCGAGGAAAAAAGGAUCCUGUGUAGUUCACUCAUCUGUCUCACUACCACUGUUUUCUCUCUCACUCUCACUCUCUCUCUCUCUCUCACACACACACACACACACACACACACACACACACACACACACACACA